GCAGGCACAAGGGACACAGGCGCAGACGGGAACUGAGAACUAACCGGCUGACAGGGAACUCUUACAAAUAUCACCUCAUUCUUUAUAGUGGGAUGUACUGGAUUUAAAGGAUCAACUCAUAUCAAUUUAUGUGGAAUUACAAUCAUAGUUCAGAUCAAAGAUGUUAUUGAAUAUAAAACAUAUCCUGUGGUUAUUCUGCGUGUGUCACACAACAAUUCUCGCCUCAGCAAGUCUCGUGGUUAUGAGGCCUGUGAGUGGCUCGCUCUCAGGCCGGGUCUCCCUGCCAUGCCACUUCUCCACCGCACCUACCGGUGCGCCCGCCAUCACCGACAGCAAAGCCAGCCCUGCCGCCGGCGACAAGGACUACCUGCGCAUCAAGUGGACCAAGGUGCAGGGCAACAGCGAGACGGUCGUUCUAGUGGCCCAGAACGGCGUCAUCAAGAUCGGCCGGGGCUACCGGGGUCGUGUGUCGGUGCAGAGCCACCCCGAGGAUGUGGGCGAUGCCUCGUUGGUCGUUUCCAAGCUGCGUGCCAGUGAUGCCGGAACGUACCGCUGUGAGGUCAUGUACGGCAUUGAGGACACCCAGGACAUGGUCUCUUUGAAUGUCGAUGGUGUUGUGUUCCAUUAUCGAGCAAAAAUGAGCAGGUACACCCUCACUUAUGACAAGGCAGUUCAAGCCUGCACGGACAUAGGGGCUUCCAUCGCCACGCCUGACCAACUGAAAUCAGCAUUUGAGGAUGGGUUUGACCACUGUGAUGCUGGUUGGAUCGCCGAUCAAACAGUAAGAUACCCUAUCAUCCAACCAAGGGCCGGCUGCUAUGGAAAUCUCAAAUCCAAACCCGGCGUUAGGUCAUAUGGUUUGAGAAAGCCAACUGAGACCUAUGAUGUGUACUGCUUUGUGGACAAACUAGAUGGUGACGUCUUCUACGCACCCACCACCACCAAAAUGACCUUCGAAGAGGCCCAGGAGGAGUGCAAGAAGCGAGACGCUGUCCUGGCCUCUCCAGGGCACCUGCAUGCUGCGUGGAGGAGGGGGCUGGACAGGUGUGACUAUGGAUGGCUGUCCGACGGGAGUGCUCGCCAUCCGGUGGCCAGGCCCAGGGUACAGUGCGGCGGCGGCCUGCUUGGUGUCCGCACCAUGUACCGCUUCCUCAACCAGACAGGCUUCCCAAAGCCCACUCUGAAGCUUGGAGCGUACUGCUUCAAAGGUAGAACAGAGAUGAACCAAACCACUUUUGUGGAUGUAACUGUGAUGAGCUCCACUGCUACUCCCACCCUGACUCCAGCCCUCAGCCGAACCACCACAGCUCCUUUUCAGCUGGACCUCAGCACUGCCGAGCCUGUCCCAAUGGAAGCUGCUGUCACAGUAGAUCCCUUGCAUGGAGGUAUCUUCACAGAGCCUCCUUCCAUGUUCUCCACAAGCAUGGCACCGCCCACAGUUGAGGAGGUUACGGACAGUGAAUUGGAGCUGUUGGUGACACCAACGGCUGCAAGCAAACCAGAUGACACUGAAGAUGGCAUUGUGACAACUCUGAGGGUCUUUGACAUUACAGACUUUUUGGGGCAGGACUUGAUUCAGAGGAAAGCGACCCAAGCACCUCGUGGUGACGUGUUCCCAGCACCAAAACCUGUAGAAGGUGUUGCUUCCUCCCCCUCUCCACUAGAACAGGGGGUGGAUAUCAUGACCACCACCCAGCCUCUGACGGAGUCAGAUGAGGGGGUGAUUAAUGUGGGUACCAUUCAGCCUGACAUCCUCCUCACCGCCUCCCCGACGGAGCCCAAGUUUGCUGAGGGAAAAACGGAGGAGACCAUCCUGACAGGCUUCACCGUGGACAUGACCUCUGACCUCGAGGGCACCCAUCCUGCAGAGGAAGCUGUGACAGCCAGUACGGCAGAAACGGAAUCUGCCAGAGACGGACUGGACACCACUGCCACCACCAUCCAGGAAGUGACGGACACUGAAGAGGAGAUUGUCUCUGCCCCCUCAGGGCAGGCGACCUCUUCGGCAGAAGAGUCCACCGCAGGGGAAAGCGAUUUGUCUCCCAGCGUCCAACCAGCUACUGAGACCUCUGUUGAUACAUCACACAAGUCUGACCAGGACCACAAAAAUGGCACAGAGCAAAGUACUGAUGCUCCAGAGUCACCUGCAUCUACGAUUCUGCCAGUUCUGGAAACUUCUGCUACAACUGCCUAUCCAGACUAUGGGCCUGAAACUCCUGAUGUCCUCGUUGAGUCAACGCCGCCUCAACAACCUAUUUCUGAGACGUCCGAAGAAGCGACGACCACAACAACAGAGUCGCUGGAGCAAACAGACUCGUUCACAACGGCACCGGUCACUGAGCUGUCCACCUCCACCACAUUUGUUUGUGACACAGACACACCCAGUUCAACUGCCUCAGCCACAACUGAACCCAUACAGGAAACGUCCGUCCCAUCACGUGAAGAGGAAAGCAGCACCACUCCCACAGCUGAGAGAGUUGAGACAGAAAUAACAAGUACCGUGGCCACAGAAAAAUCCGAAACAACGGCCAUGGAUGCUGACAGAUCCACCAAGGGAUCAAUUUCAGACAUAACAGAAUCCUCAUCAAAGCUAGUGACUGAGGACAAGGAGGCACCUACAGACCUCCCAACACCCUCCAUGUCUUCUGUUGUACUUGAGACAACUGUGCCUGUGAAAGAGGAUGAACAGGUCAUUGUGGAUGACUUUGACACUCUGCUGAACGCCUCUGUUAUCAUGGGGGAGUCUCAGUCUCAAGGAACACAGUUUCCGAUUGUACCCUCCUCUGAGGACCAUGAGGCAGUAGGCAGUGGACAUUUGGAUGUGUCCUCCCCUGCCGCUACCCCCACUCUGACUAUAACUUUCAGCCCUGAUGUUAAAGGGGGCAGAGGGGACCAGUGGAUCAGGCCGUACCCAGAGGAUGUCAGUGUGCCCUCACCAUUUGAUUACACACUCAUAGACAAUGACCCUGAUUAUUAUGAGACUGGUGUCCCCUUAGUAGAAUACACUCCUCCUUCUCCACCUCUCAUUCUGGCGGAAAACGAAACACUCAUAGAUGAAGGAACCACAGAGACUGUUACAAAGGCCAUCAGUCCAUCUGCUUCAGUGACACCACUGAGAAGACCCACCUCCUCGGUGACAGAGAAACCAACUCCACCAACUCCAAUUCCUUACAUAGACACAAGUACAGACGAUGGUUCAGUUUCCACAACAUCUGUUCCAAUUCAAACUACUCAUAAAUCUGAUUUGCAUACUACCACAUCUCAGCCUCUUAUGGAGAUUACAGAGUCUACAGUGACUGGGGAAACUAGUGUUCCCCCUCCAUCAUCCCACAGAGAUAUUUCACAGGAACAAUCCACCGAGCCAUCCCCCAGAAAGUCAACUAUAAUGCCAACGGCAUCAGUGAAAACUUCACCCGAGUUGUUUACAAUAUCUAUUCAAACAGAGAAGGAAAGUUCAGGCCAGCAGACAUCAGAUACUACAAUAAGUCCUACCAUUCACUAUACCACUGCUACUAUGAGGGACACAUCAGAAAUGUUUUCAUCUGUUCCCAUUAUUGAUACCUCCGAAAGCAUAUUUACCUCAACAGAGGAAGCUCAGACCACAGACUCAGAAAUAGCAUCACCAAUAUCUUAUUAUACAGAAGAGGGGGGCACUGGUGAUGACGCCACAGAGAAGUUUACUCAAGUGUCAGUCAUGACAACGCCAGCCCAAACUGCUUCAUAUAUUUCCACAGAAAAGCCUAAAACUAGUUCUCCUUCAGUGGAGAGCACAGCCACUGUUGUUUCAAGCACCUUAAAACCAGCCAAAGAUACAUCACCACCAGAGACAAUCAGCAGUUACACCACUCCAAAAACUAUUACAGAACAUGUCACUGAACUAAUUGAAAAGACACUGGGACUAAUAUGGAGUAGCUCUGCGUACCCUGAUAUAGAGGGCUCAGGAGCUACCUCAGAGGACAGUCUAGAGCCAUCACCAACAUUCAAACCAUCUGAGGCCUUCACUGAUGAGACUGAAACAGAGAAAGAGCCAGAUAAUGGCUCAACAGCACCUGAAUAUCAUGACUACACUCAACCCUCCCUUGUUUUUGCAACUCCCCCAUCUCAAUCACCAAUACCUGAAGCCAUAACCACAGAAGCAUCAGCUCAGAUCAUGACAAUUUCUGGUUUGUCAAAUACAGAUAAACCAGUCGUAACAUCAACAGUCAGUGAUACAUUUGUGGUGUCCACAGAGGGUGACCAAAUGUCAACAUCCAUAGAGGGUUCUGGUGGGGAGAUUACUGAGACACAGGGGACCACUCGACCUUAUGAUUUCAGUGUGGCAACAGAUGAAGCAGAAACCACCGAGACAGAAGGCAUAACAGUGGUUUCAAGUGUUGAUGUGUCCACCCAGUCCACUCCAUUCCCUACACACACUAACUCAUCCCAAACCCCUAAGCCUUCGGGGACUCCCCAGCCAUCAAUUCCAUGGUCCACUCGAGAACUUGGAAGUGGCGAGACCACAGAAGGUUCUGGAGCUGGUACUGAGAGUAGAGAUGACGGUUCAGGUGAUGAAGGUUCAGGUGUUGAUGCUUCUACUCCAGUGUCAUCCUUGCUAUCUACUUCCACUACAGCUCCCGCUGUAUCUAGUACAGUCAGACAAGGAGAGUACCCAAUAACAACAACAGCAUUCUUACCAGGCAGUACGGCUUCUCAAGAAACUGAUAUCACCUCAGAAACCCACAGCUCGAAUCGGGCUCAUGAAGAUCCUAUUGAAAGCACAACUUCACCACUGACCACUUCCAAUUCACCCUCAUCAGGUCCUCUCCGUCUAUUCAGUGAUGAUGCAACUGAGGGCUCAGGACAUGCAAUCCUGACAACUCAUGAAGCAAAAUCAGUUGUUCUAACAACCACAACUUUGCCUGAGUUUGGACAUUCAACAUUUGAUGUGGACAGUACAACGAUUCAAGAUCAAACAAAGUUUGUUACCUCCACAGUGGUUCAUCUUGCAUCUGAGUCAGUAGUAACAGUCACUCCUCAUUCAGUUGUGAUGUCUUCAAACACUGAAAGUCACCUUAAAGUAACAGAACAACCCACAUCAACUCAGAUACCCUUUUUACAGCAUAGUAAUCUUACAGAUAAGCAUAUUACCAUAGUUAGCCCCACAGGUACACACCCCAGCACUACAACCAUUGUGAUUUUAACUAGGGAUGAGGACAAACAUAUUCCCACAACACCGGACCUAACCACAGAUGACAUAAUCGAUGCAGACACGCUUCCACUUUCAGAAUCAUCCUCACCAUAUUCUCCCACCAUCCAAACACAGGAGGCAGGUGGUAUGACAGCCACCCUAACACCACCCUUCACUGUGGUCAUGACAGAGGAGCUGGAAGGAUCUGCAAUGGGCGCUACGUCACCAACGUACUCAACAUCCAGUGAGGAGUUCAUAUCAUACUCUGGAGAGCCUUCCCAGAAGUCUGAAACAUCACAACCAACUUCCUUCAGCACAGAGGCUACAUUUACUACCUUACGUCCAAUGAUUAGCACAUCUGAAUUCAUUCAUGUAACUUCAGUGACCACAUCUACUUUGAAACCGAAGUUCGAUACAUCCACCACAACUUCAGUCUUGUCUACCCUGUCUCCAGAAGAGGUGUCAGGAAUUGACUCAGAACUGAAGAGUCCAACACCCUUACCCUCUAAAGUCUCCACUGUGUCAGCUCCUGUUUCCGGUAUGCUUCAGCCAAUUGAUUCAUCCUCUGAGAAGGUACCCUCACUAUCAGCUAUUACAGAGUUUUCAAGCACAGUAUUUCCUGGUAUAGAUAAGGAAGGUUCUGGUACCGAUUCAUCAACAAUCCCUGUCUUCAGUAGUUCCUCCACAUCACAGACCACAUCAUCAGAGGAAGCUGAAAAUAUACUUGUAACUUCUACAAAUGUGACUUUCUCAACUGAUCAAGACAGCUCAAGUUCAGAGAAGACUGGGACCAUCAGUGAGGUCACCACAGUGGCCCCUCACCUGACUAGCACUGCAAAGACAAUUGAGGCAUACACAUCCUCUCUCUCAGAAAUCAAAAGUCCACACACUACAACUGCAUCAUUCCCAAGAGAAGGAGAGGAAGGCUCAGGCAUGACUUCUGCAACUUCCUCUGUCCAACCAACUGUGACUGCCUCAGUUGUUGUAACAGAUCCACCUUCACUGGUUUUAACUUCAUCUGGAGCUGGAGACAAAACAUCUCCUUAUACUAAAGCAACUCUGCCAUCCAGUGAUGACUCUACCACAACUGUGAUGUCCCAAACUGGCACACCACAAAAACAGCAUAUAUCUACAGAAGCUGUAGAAUCAUCUAGCACUGAGCAGCCAUUUGUCAUCAUCAAAGAACAAGACAGCUCAGUUUCCUCUUUCACAGAGGAUGAGAGCUCGGGACUCACCCCUGAGACUUUGAUCCCAUCAUCUAUUUUCCCCAUUUCUGUUACUUCAAUGCCUGCAGUAACAGUGUCUUCAACAGUGGGCUCAGGCUCUUCAAAAGAGACAGAUACAAGUGCUACAGGAAAGUCUACAGAAGUAACAGAAUCUGGCAAACAGGGAGAGGAAUCUACCACUGAGCAACCAUUUGUCAUCAUCACAGAACAAGACAGCUCAGUUUCCUCUUUCACAGAGGAUGAGAGCUCGGGACUCACCCCUGAGACUUUGAUCCCAUCAUCUAUUUCCCCCAAGCCUGUUGCUUCACUGGCAGCAGUAACAAUGUCUCCAACAGCUGGCUCAGGCUCCUCAGAAGAGACAGAUGCAAGUGUUUCAGAAAAGUCUACAGAAGUAACAGAAUCUGGCAAACAGGGAGAGGAAUCUACCACUGAGCAACCAUUUGUCAUCAGCACAGAACAAGACAGCUCAGUUUCCUCUUUCACAGAGGAUGAGAGCUUGGGACUCACCCCUGAGACUUUGAUCCCAUCAUCUAUUUCUCCCCAGUCUGCAACUGUGCAUCCUUAUCAGACCACCACAGCUCAACCAUUGCAGACAAUCACACUCGCUCACCCAAAGUCAGUUACUGAGCACACCACUGAAUUCAAAACUGGUACAGAUGACAGACCACAGGUGGUGCAAUCUAGCACUGAGCAGCCAUUUGUCAUCAUCACAGAGCUAGAUAGCUCAGUUUCCUCUUUCACAGAGGAUGAGAGCUCGGGACUCACCCCUGAGACUUUGAUCCCAUCAUCUAUUUCCCCCAAGCCUGUUGCUUCACUGGCAGCAGUAACAAUGUCUCCAACAGCUGGCUCAGGCUCCUCAGAAGAGACAGAUGCAAGUGUUUCAGAAAAGUCUACAGAAGUAACAGAAUCUGGCAAACAGGGAGAGGAAUCUACCACUGAGCAACCAUUUGUCAUCAUCACAGAACAAGACAGCUCAGUUUCCCCUUUUACUGACGAGAGCUCGGGACUCACCCCUGAGACUUUGAAUCCAACAUCCACUUUGCUGAAGGCUGUAACUUCACCACCUGCAAUAAGACCUCUGACAAUUGCAACAUCAUCUGUGGAGACAGAUGCAAGUUCUGUUGUAUCAGUCACCCAAGUAACCAGCACAUCCAUUGAGCCAUCCACCAGCAUAAACCCAACCGUAUCUUCCUCUGACCCCGAUGUUGUUGUCCAUUUGGUCACAACAUAUAUCCCUCAAGAAGUCUUGACACCUAAUGAAACUUACCAACAAGCUUUGUCUGAAAUCACCCUGACUGAUAAGCCUUUCACAAAUGACUCUACUGUGAUAUCUGAGUUAGAUCUGAGAAGCACACAUGUCCCUCUUAUGACAUCCACUACCAAGGUAGUAGACAACAUUUUUGAGGGAAGCUCAGAUGAUGAACAAAAGCCUACAGCAGAAAGUUCAAAGGUGGUAACAACCAGACUCUCCACUUCUGGUAUUUUUAGCACUAGCAUUCCUAUAUUACCCUCAUCAGAUUAUGAUGGCAUAGACUUUGGCCAGGUCGAAGCCAUACCUAACAUAUGGCAGAAACCCGACAGCCCUCUACCAACUCCCAGUUCAGAAAGCAUAGUGGAAUAUGUGACUGGGCUUAAGAGUCCCACUGAGGAGACCACUGACUACUCAUCAGUAUUUGAGGUGAGUGGCACUUCAGCAUCUCCCUCUACAAGGUCAAGCUCCUCUGAGGAACCUGGCGCUGACCACAGUGGUGCAACUGCCACGGAGGGUUCAACCUCCGGCUCGAGCAGCUCUAAGAGCAGCUUAGAGGAGGCAACAACUGCAGUGCCAAUGACUGGAUCAGACUUGAGUGGCACACUUGCGCCUCUUAUGUCCACAUCCGUCUCUAUCAGUGAUGGUGGAAUAGACUCUGGUGAGCAGGUUGUAGUUACACCUGGCCCUGAGACAAGUUCAGCUAAGGAAACUGAUGCAGAGACCACGUCACCACCUGAGAAAGAGGGAUCAGCCUCCAGCUCAGAGACCAAUGCAGAGGAUUUGACAACCACGCGACAAACAGCGGUCACAGGGAAAACGUCAGCUGAGGACACCACAACAUCAGCAGCUGAAGUUCAGUUCGUGAAGUUUUCCACCGUAGCCACAGUUACCAGUAGAGUGACGGAAACCACAACCCCAAUCCCAAGAGACCUGGGGCACACAGAUAUUGGCGAGCCUCUGGACAUUGAAGGCGUUCAUUCAUGUGUUGAGAAUCCCUGCUUAAACGGAGGCUCCUGUUGGAGAGUAGGCAGUGUCAACACUUGCACCUGUACUGCUGGUUAUGGAGGAGACCACUGUGAAAUAGAUAUCGAUGAGUGUCAUUCAAAUCCUUGUCGCAAUGGAGGCACAUGUGUGGAUGGACUGAAUGCUUUCUCCUGCGUGUGUCUUCCCAGUUAUGCAGGAACACUUUGUGAAGAAGACACAGAGACGUGUAGCUAUGGCUGGCACAAGUUCCAGGGCCACUGCUACAAGUACUUUCCCCACCGUCGCAACUGGGACACGGCAGAGCGGGAGUGCCGUGUGCAGGGGGCCCACCUGGCCAGCAUCAUCACCCAUGAGGAGCAGCAGUUUGUCAACCGCCUUGGACAGGACUACCAGUGGAUCGGACUCAACGAUAAGAUGUUCGAGAAUGACUUCCGCUGGACAGAUGGCACGUCUGUUCAAUAUGAGAACUGGAGACCCAACCAGCCGGACAGUUUCUUCUCCUCCGGUGAGGAUUGUGUGGUCAUGAUAUGGCAUGAGGACGGACAGUGGAACGACGUUCCCUGCAACUACCAUCUCACUUUCACCUGCAAAAAGGGAACAGUGUCCUGUAACCAGCCUCCAUUCGUACUGAAUGCACACACCUUCGGGCGUACGCGGCCACGCUACGAGAUCAACACCCUGGUGAGGUACCAAUGCAACAACGGCUUCAUCCAGAGGCACGUGCCCACCAUCCGGUGCCGAGGGGAUGGAAUGUGGGACCAGCCAAAAAUCUCCUGCAUGACUCCAUCACACUACCAAAGGACAUACCACAGGAGAUAUAAUACCUUCAGCAUAUACAACAACCAUCGAAAGAGGUCUGACGAAUCGGCUCGACAGCGCCGCCAUGGUGGCAGCAAAAGGAACAGGACUAGGAAAUAACAGAGGCCUCCAAUUACCCUUACUCCAUUCACAACACAUGAUGGAUGCUCAUGUGGAUGACAAAAAAAUAAUAUAGACAAGAAUGAAAAGAAAAUGACAGGCAAUUCAUUUUUCAACCGAGGAUGAAUUCAUAGGCCUUUUGCAGUAUUUUUGAACAAAGAGAUACUAUUUUUCUAAAAGCAACAAGGACUUUUCAAGUACCUGUUUUCCUGUAUUAUACAUACUGAGAGAAAGACUGACCUCAAAUUCACAGCUUUUGUAUUUUCUAGUGCAGGUAUCAUUUAAUAUGCCCAAAUGGGGUAAAAUGACAAGUGUUUGACAAGUCUGCCACCUUGCUAGUAAAGUCAUUACUAUGCAAAUAUAAGGUUCCAGUGCUUUAAAACAAGUUUAAGGAUUUGUUUAACUGCUUCGAAUUCAGUGAAAUAUUCAAAGUUCACUAAGAGGGGAAAAAAAGGACAAAUACUGCCUGUUGCGUUGCAUCAGCAAAGAGACUGUUGCUUCACUUCUGCAUAUGGCGGAAUACAGCACAUCAAACACACGCCGUGCCUUGUGGGAUUCACUGAACCCCUGUGAAGAGCUGUGAUUAAGUCUUCAACAGCUUCUCCCAAGGCCUUCACCAUAACUCACACAGAAGCCAGAGAAAGACUCUACUAUGCAGUACUGAAAACUGACAGAAGAUGGCUCAGUCUAAGCAAUGUUUUUUGCUUUUAAUGGAACAUGCAAGAAAUAUGAACUAAUGCAGCAAUAUGUUAGAAACAAUAGGCUUUGCCAGAACUGUUUGUUCCACUGAAGUGCCUUUACAAUAGAUGUUAUCCAAAGAGGUACAGUAAACGCAAUGGAGCUCUGAUGCAUGCUUAGCAUUUUCUCAGAUACAUACUGUACAUGUAAUUCACACUUUUUCUCCUUUUGUUUUUAUUUUGUUUUUAAUCUGAUCAUUACCGGUUAACAGACUCACAUUCACAUUGUACUGGAUAAUUUAUUUCCUGUCAGCAGAAUCAAGUCUAAAUGUUUGAUAAGGACAACGUAUGGUCACUUAAAAGAGAAUGUACUUUGUGGGACACCCAAAAAGAAGAAAGACUUGAAUAGAUGCAUGUUAAAAAGAGAGAUGAAAGUAAUUUAUUUUCCACGCUGCUCUUUAUCUUUUUGUUGUCUUUUAUUUUACCUGAAGAUGCUGUCUCCUGGCUUUUCUUUUCCUUGCAAUAACAAAAAUCUAAAUAUUGAUGCAAUGUUUGGUUUGGGGCACAGACUUUGCAUCAGUGAGAAUGAUGUAGUCAGUUCUGAAAGAAAAAACAAGAUAAACACUACUCUUGGGGUGGGGUGGUUCAAUGGACCAAAUGAACAAGGAAGAUAUACAACUUGGCAUCACAGACAUUUUGAAUUUUGUGUUGCUCAGUGUAAGGAUGGUCAGCCAUUUCCCCCCAAAACAGAUUUGGAUUUAUUUGUGGAAGAGUGAGGAAGAGGAAGAGUGAUUGUUUUUUGUGUUUGUCUUGGAUUGUCAUAUGUGUUUUUAUUUCUAAAAUGCAAAUAACAUCAUUUCAUAUUUAUAGAAUAACAUGUUUAUUAUGCAAUGUGAAUGUUUUGGGGAGUCAUUUGAGAAAAGGUGGAAGGAAAAAAAAAAUGUUUUUGUACAUGCAAUUUGUCACCAAAGAAACAAAGUUUAUUACAUUAUAUUCUGCCUCCUUGUCUCAAUUAUUAUGUGCUGUAUUUUGAGACUCAAGUAACUCAGAUUUUGUUUUAUAUUGUGAGUCAGUCUUAUUUUGGAGUCAUGCACUGAUAAACAAUUUAACAUUA